UGUUCACACAGCGCAGCUAAACAUUUACUACAGGCUAUACCGCUCCGCUGGUCUAGUGUGUACGUGCAUUGCAUGGCUGUUUCAGUGGAGGCUCUUAAAUAUAUUGGACAUUAGAAACCUGCUCCCUCAUCCGAGUUACACAGCGCCAAACUCCUCGCCUCCCAUCCCAGUUCAGCCCCCCAUCCCAGUUCAGCCCCCUGGCACCAUCUUACUCUGGACAGCCGAGGACUGGUCUCUGCUGGCAAACCAGUCUGAAGAGAAGGCGCGUUCAACAACCAGAGGAUUUACCAUUCUCCGUAGUUCCGAUUGUCUGCUGAUCCAGUCUACAGUAAUAAAAACUGCAGCAAUGGCAGACAAAGACCUAAUCUUCAGCAUGGACAUUGUGGACAGUGGCAGGACGAAGCGGGCUGGCUCGCUGGAUGACCCAGACAGCGACGAGGAAGACAACUAUUACAUCUGUCCCAUCACAGACGACCCCGUCUACAAGGCGAGCGAAAUCUGCAACUACCUGAAGAACUUCAUUCACAACGAGCAGUACUCCUGCAGUGCCCCCACCCAGAGCAGCUUCAACGUCAAGACAACCUGGAAGAAUGCCAUCAGGAAAGCCAAGGCGAUGCCAGACCCCUGGGCAGAAUUCCAUUUGGAGGAAAUUGAAAAGGAGCCCUGCACUCGCUACAGGUACAGCGCUGUCACAGGACAGUGGGUGGAGGAUGAAGUCUUCAUCAAGAUGGCAUCGCAGCCGUUUGGCCGGGGAUCUAUGAGAGAAUGCUACAGAACGAAAAAGCUGUCCAAUUUCUCACACAGCCACAACUGGAAGUCCGCCUCAAACUAUGUGGCUAAGCGGUACCUGAUGCCGGUGGACAGAAAUGUGUACUUCGAGGAUGUGAGGCUGCAGAUGGAAGCCAAGAUCUGGGGAGAGGAAUACAACCGGCACAAGCCCCCCAAGCAGGUUGACAUCAUGCAGAUGUGUAUUGUGGAGCUGAAGAACCGUCCAGGCAAGCCUCUUUACCACCUGGAGCAUUACAUUGAGGGGAAGUACAUCAAAUACAACUCCAACUCGGGCUUCGUGCGCGACGACAACAUCCGCCUCACGCCGCAGGCCUUUAGCCACUUCUCUUUCGAGCGCUCGGCUCACCAGCUGAUUGUGGUGGAUAUCCAGGGGGUGGGUGACCUCUACACUGAUCCCCAGAUCCACACAGACUGUGGCACCGACUUUGGAGACGGAAACCUGGGUAUAAGAGGAAUGGCUCUAUUCUUCCACUCCCACCUCUGCAACAAGAUAUGCAAAAGCAUGGGCCUCACGCCAUUUGACAUUUCCCCCAAGGAAAAGACUACUCUUGACCGCACCAAUAAGCUCCUGGAAUCGGCGAAGACAGUGCUGCGAGGCUGCGAGGAGAAGUGCGGCACCCCUCGCGUGCGCACGAUCUCCACAGGCCCCCUCCCCCCACUGCUCUCCCACCAAUCUGAGUCCUCCUGCCCUGACGACAUGAGCGACAGGCCCUUGGACUCUCCCGUCUGCUCCCCUGCAGGCCCUUACCCAGAAUCCUUUAGGAAAUCUCCCUUGGGCUGGUCUCUGUUAAAUGAUAUCGAUGCCGGGUCAUUCGAAGCCAAUACUAACAUUCAUGAACACAGGGACUCCGAUGGUGGGGACAGUGGCUACCCCAGUGAGAGACGAAGUGAAGGUGACGAAAUGGAACACAGAGCCAGGGCCAGCUCACUCAACAGCAGAAGGUGCUAUGAAUCCGAUGAGGACAGUAUUCGAUGGCUGACGGAGGAGAAGUGGAAUAUGUACCAUGCGUCUCACUCGCACGUUAACCGGCCCUCGUGUGUCGCUGUCGAGGUGGAGAGACUCAACGCCCUGGUGCUGGAGAAGAAGAUCGGAAAGUCCAACCUGGGGAAGGUCCAUUUGGCCAUGGUCCGGUACCACGAGGGGGGCCGGUUCUGUGAGAAGGACGAGGAGUGGGACCAGGACUCUGCGCUCUUUCACCUGGAGCAUGCGGCAGUGUGCGGGGAGCUGGAGGCAAUUGUCACCCUGGGCCUCAUGUACUUCCAGAUGCCUCACCACAUUCUCACAGAGGUCACCCUGGAGGAUACCGAAGAGAACCGAAAAAAAGGGUUUGCCUACCUGUUGCAGGCUGCUGAAGCCGGGGACCGUCCGUCCAUGAUCUUUCUGUCUCGAGCGUUCGACUCUGGAGUCACCCUGCCUCCUGACAGGAGCCGGGACUGGAAGGAGGCAGUGCGCUGGUAUGACACGGCACUCAACAUGACAGAUUACGAUGAGGGUGGAGGGUAUGACGGAAUGCAGGACGAGCCACGCUACCUCCUCCUGGCUAGAGAGGCCGAGAUGUACAUGGAGGGGGGCUUCGGCCUGGAGCCAGACCCCAAGAAAGCAGGCGAUCUGUUCACAGAGGCAGCGGACGCAGCGAUGGAGGCCUUGAAGGGCAGGCUGGCAAACCAGUACUACAUGAAGGCAGAGGAGGCAUGGAGCUUGAUGGAGGAGUGAGCAGCACACCCAGCCCCAUGCAGUCACUGCGUCACCAGGCAGCUCUCCCAGAACAGGACUCCAACCAGGCCGUUGAACUGUUUACAAACCAAAUUUACCUUUCUGUGUUUGUGUCAGUGUUUCCGUCCACUUUACUUGUCGUUGCAGUCUUGUGCAAAAAAUGAAGAAAAAUAUUGCAUGGGGAGUAUGUCAUUUUUAUGUUGUACAAGAGAUCUUCAAUGAAGCAUGGUGUAGGGACAUUUUUUUUUUCUCUUGUGUUGGAGAAUCCUAGGGUGUCUUGAGAAGCUAUCAGCUUGGCUAGUCUACUGUAAUAGUGAAUGUAUAUUUUGUAGAUUAUAUUCAGUAUCCUUGUCUUGCUGUAUCAAUGGGACUUUCUUUUAAUUUUUCUGUGCACUUAUAUCAGUCAUAUUGGGUAGUAAAAUAUAUAUUUAGCUUAAAGGGAGAACACAAAAUUGAUUUUUGUGAUUGUUUCAUAUUGUAAAAAAGGGUGGCCUUUUAAAAAAAAAAAAAAGUUUACAUAAAUGUGUAUAUAUAUAAAAAAACUUGAAUUAGUUUUUAAACUUUUAAAAAGGUUGUAUGGUAGUUUGCUAAAAACAGUUUUCAAGAAACAAAAACUGGCCAUUUUUGUACUUUUUGGGUAUCAUUUUCUUUUAGCUGAAUGAUUAUGUAAAACUGUUAUUGUUUAGUUUAAGUUUGCAUGUGCAAAGAUAGUAAAAAAUCUUAAGCUGUGUAUGUCAACAAAGCAUGUAAGCAUGUACUCGUGCAGCACACCUAAAUGCAAAUGUCUGCUUUUUAAACUGCACUUCGCAAUUCGCAAUGGAAGUCGCAUUUAUUUUACACAGUUCCUGAA